AUGGUGCACGUUACUCCAACAAGCAUUCCUGGGACUAUUCAUUUGGUCAAUACUGAUUCUAGAAAUGCCGCGCACACAGAAAUUAUCAUCCUUAAUCCGACGCCCAGUGCCGACCCAGAAGAUCCACUCAACUGGUCCAAGGCUCGUAAGCUUUGGAGCAUUACCAUGGUUUACGUCUACGUUUUCGGCGUUGGAAUUGCGACCACUGUCCAAUACUCUAUUCUGACCAAUAUCUCAGAAGAAACCGGUAUAGCUUUAGCGGAUCUCAAUACAGGGACAGGUCUAAUGUUUUUAUUUGCCGGAUGGGGUUGUUUAAUCUGGCAGCCCAUUGCGCUCACCUAUGGAAGGCGUGGAGUAUAUAUCAUUUCAAGCUUUCUGUGCAUUGGGCCCAUGGUCUGGACGGCCUACACGACAUCUAAAGGAAUUUGGUGGGCUCACCGGAUUCUGAUCGGUCUCGUUGUUGCACCUGUUGAGUCACUACCAGAGGUUUCUGUUCCGGACCUAUUCUUCGCCCACGAACGUGGUAACUAUAUAGGAUUCUACACCUUCAUUCUCUUCGGCUCAAAUGCGUUAGCCCCAUUGUUGGCUGGGUUUAUAACUAAGCAUCUGGAAUGGAAGGCCGCCAUCUGGUUUGGGACAAUCGUCGUCUCGGUGACCACUGUCAUCAUCUUCUUUGGCAUGGAAGAGACAAUCUAUUUCCGUUCUGCUAUAGAAGGCAUCGAUCACGAAACACCAGAAGGAGUCCUCAAGAUUGGUAAUAAAGCGAAUGAAGCAAGUGACACAGCUCAACUAGCUGGUGCAAAAGAAGACAUUGUGACUGUUGACUCCGGAACUUUUACAGAGCCUCGAACCUAUCGGCGAAGGCUUCAGCUUUUCCGCUUACUUCCCAACCGACCGACUGUGAAACAGCUGGGUGUCAUGAUGUACCGACCUCUACAGAUAUUUUUCUUCUUUCCAAACAUUGUCUGGGCUGGGUUCCUGUAUGGUGCAUCCCUAUGUUUAUAUCAAAUCGGUAACGCAACGGUCGGUUUCGUUCUGGGAGGUCCCGGCUAUGGGUGGGCGUCCGAUAUGGUUGGGCUGUCCUACCUUGCUGGUGUUCUCGGCUCCCUUGUGGGUUGGGCCUACGCUGGAUGGGGAGGCGAUAGACUGACGAUCUGGUUGGCGAAAUGCAAGAAGGGAAUCCGAGAGCCAGAGCAGCGACUUUGGAUCCUCGUGCCCUCCGGCUUCAUUGCGGCCGGAGGCUUAAUUCUAUGGGGGGUUGGCGCGGCUCAUCAGGUGCAUUUCAUCGGAUUGAUGUUUGCUCUUCUGUUCCUCAAUUUCGGCAUGGUGGUAGGAGCAACAACUGCAUUGGCCUACAACGUCGACUGCUUUAAGGACAUCGCUGGGGAGACCCUUAUUCUCGUGAUGAUAAUCCGCAAUACCAUGGGUUACGGAAUGGCUUAUGGCAUCACUCCGUGGCUGCAGGCAAGCGGUCUCCAGAACACAUUGAUCGGAUCCGCUUUUCUGUACCUUGCAUGUACAUUCACCUUUUUGAUCAUGACCGUCUGGGGCCGUAGCCUGCGGAAGAUGUGUGCAAACCGAUACUGGCGGUUUGUUGAGACUCUCGUUGUGCCUUCUUAA